AUCAUCUGCAGUGUGAGUUGCAGAUUUGAUUCUUCCAGUCUUCUCAGUCUAGUAUCUUUGUUGUAUCUUAUGAUGGCCGAAUCGAUGGAAGUCGACGUUUCUGUUGCCGAAGAGUCUCAGGAUGCUGAUGCGACCACUAUUGAAGAAUUGAAGGAGCACACAAAUCACAUCCAGAAGGCCGUCGCCAAUAAGGAGUCUCGAUUCAUAUUGAGGAUCCUCCGGCUGUUACCAGCGACGCGCAAAAAGCUAAAUUCGAAGCUUCUCCGCAAGAUCAUCAAUGGUUACUACACUCACGACAAGGUCCACAAGGACCUCCUGCUCUCCUUCGUCGAGGACACUGAUGACACAGAAGCCGCGCAAAAUCGCAUGAGGUCGCAGAAGAGUGCACAUCUCGCUCUACUGCCAGAGGUCGACGUUUACUUGCAUCUGCUGCUUUUGGUGUACAUCGUCGACAGCGUCGAAAAUGCCUCAUCGAAGAACAUGGAGCGUGCCGUCAAGUGUAGUGAACUCCUAAUGGCCAAGGUCGAAGGCCACAGCGCAAGGAGAACGAUCGAUCUGCUCGCGGCGAAAAGCUAUUUCUACUACAGUCGAGUGUACGAAUUGGACGGGAAGCUCAGCAAUAUCAGAGGGUUCUUACUGAAGCGUCUCCGGACCGCCACGUUGAGGUCAGACUUCGAGGGACAGGCCGUGCUCAUCAACUGUUUGAUGCGGAACUACCUCCACUAUUCCUUGUUCAAGCAGGCGGCUAAGCUUGUCUCCAAAGUGACCUUCCCAGAAAUGGCUUCGAACAACGAGUGGGCUAGAUAUCUCUAUUAUCUUGGCCGCAUCAAGGCGAUUCAACUUUUCUACACAGACGCCCACAAGAAUCUUCUCCAAGCUAUCCGGAAGGCACCUCAACACACAGCAUUAGGAUUCAAACAAACUGUCUAUAAACUGGCGGUCACGGUCGAGCUGCUCCUCGGAGACAUCCCGGACAGGGCAACUUUCCGUCAGCCCGCCCUGAGGAAAAGUCUCGCUCCGUACUUCCAAUUGACGCAGGCCGUCCGAACAGGGAACCUCGCGCUUUUCAACAAGGUGCUUGAAAACUACGGGACUCGAUUCCAGGCCGACCACACCUAUACUCUCAUCAUCCGGCUUCGUCACAACGUCAUCAAAACCGGCGUCCGAAUGAUCAACUUGUCGUACCAACGGAUUUCGCUAGCGGAUGUGGCGGCGAAAUUGCAAUUGGACUCUGCUGAAAGCGCAGAGUUCAUCGUCGCCAAAGCGAUCCGUGACAACGUGAUCGAAGCAACGAUCGAUCACGAUAAGAGUUACAUGCAGAGCGCUGAGAACAUAGACGUUUACUGCACUGGAGAGCCUCAUUGUCAGUUUGACCAGAGGAUACAGUUCUGUCUGGAUAUUCACAACCAGUCGAUCAAGGCGAUGCGAUUCCCUCCGAAGAGCUACAAUAAGGACCUUGAGAGUGCAGAAGAGCGACGUGAGCGUGAACAACAAGAUAUGGAGUAUGCAAAAGAACUUAUCGAAGAGGACGAUGACGCUUUUCCGUGAGAUUUAGCAGUUGUCAGUCAGUCUAGAGAUACCAUACAGCCGUGGAUCUACUGCGCUCUUAAUAAAGAAGAUCUAAUAUCGUACAAACGACGA